CCCUGUUUCCGUCCGACGUGUCCCUCAGGAAGGGGAGCGACUGGGACCACAGCGACAUGGCGCCUCCGGCUCCAGGCCCGGCCUCUGGCGGCUCCGGAGAAGUGGACGAGCUCUUCGACGUGAAGAAUGCCUUCUACAUUGGCAGCUACCAGCAGUGUAUUAACGAGGCUCAGCGGGUGAAGCCAUCGAGCCCGGAGAGAGACGUGGAGAGGGACGUCUUCCUGUACAGAGCGUACCUUGCACAGAGGAAGUACGGCGUGGUCCUGGAUGAGAUCAAGCCCUCCUCAGCCCCCGAGCUCCAGGCGGUGCGCAUGUUCGCGGAGUACCUGGCCAACGACAGCCAGAGAGACUCCAUUGUCGCCGAACUGGACCGGGAGAUGAGCAGGAGCGUGGAUGUGACCAACACCACCUUCCUGCUGAUGGCAGCCUCCAUCUACUUCCACGACCAGAACCCGGAUGCUGCCCUGCGUGCCCUGCACCAGGGGGACAGCCUGGAGUGCAUGGCCAUGACUGUGCAGAUCCUGCUGAAGCUGGACCGCCUGGACCUUGCCCGGAAGGAGCUGAAGAAAAUGCAGGACCAGGACGAGGAUGCUACCCUCACCCAGCUGGCCACCGCAUGGGUCAAUCUGGCUGUGGGUGGCGAGAAGCUGCAGGACGCCUACUACAUCUUCCAGGAGAUGGCCGACAAGUGCUCAUCCACCCUGCUGCUGCUCAACGGGCAGGCGGCCUGCCACAUGGCCCAGGGCCGCUGGGAGGCCGCCGAGGGCGUGCUGCAGGAGGCGCUGGACAAGGACAGUGGCCACCCCGAGACACUGAUCAACCUCAUCGUCCUGUCACAGCACCUGGGCAAGCCCCCUGAGGUGACAAACCGCUAUCUGUCCCAGCUGAAGGACGCACACAGGUCCCACCCUUUCAUCAAGGAAUACCAGGCCAAGGAGAAUGACUUUGACCGGCUGGUGCUGCAGUACGCUCCCAGCGCCUGAGGCUGGCCCCAGACACGGUUCCCAAGCCGUGGCACAGCGGGGCCAGGCGUCCUGCCCGCACUGCUGGGCACCUUCCUCGUGCUCUCUCACUUGCUCUGGCCAGAGGCGGAGGCCGCAAGCUUAGCCCGGCCCCGUUUUGUCAAUAAAUGUCUCCACCCCAGGUAUCCUC